AUGACCCUUGGUAAUCAGUGUGAGUUUACCCUCCACGAGAUCCUAAAAAAUCAAAGUGACUCAGCCAAAGAAAAUCGCCAGGAUGAAGAGCUCCCUGCCACUGCCUGAAAGCAGAGGGACUUGGAGAUCAUGUAACAGAAGCAGAAAAAGGCCAAUGAGAAGAAUGAAGAGCCCAAGUAA